AUGUCAAAACAUCGCUGGAGUGGACCCGAGAGGGACAGAUCGUUUUGCCCCCUAAUGCAAGACUAUUUGAUUCAAGAAAGGGAAUUCCUCCUGAGGGUUUCUUACAUGGAAAUCUACAAUGAAACCAUUACAGAUUUGCUUUGUGAUAUCAGGAAAAAGAAGCCUCUGGGAAUUCGGGAGGAUGUUAAUAGGAAUACAUAUGUGGAAGAUCUGAUUGAAGAGGUGGUGGUUUCCCCUGAACAAGUUAUGAAAUGGAUCAGAAAAGGAGAAAAAAAUCGCCAUUAUGGAGAAACAAAAAUGAAUGAACACAGCAGCCGUUCUCACACCAUCUUCAGAAUGAUCAUUGAAAGCAGAGAAAGGAGUGACCCUGCAAGUGCAAGCUGUGAUGGAGUAGCCCACCUAUACUUGGUAGAUCUGGCAGGCAGUGAAAGAGCUAGUCAAACAGGAUGUGAAGGUGUCUGACUGAAAGAAGACUGCAAUAUAAAUAAGAGCCUGUUCAUUCUGGGUCAGGUUAUCAAAAACCUUCGUGAUUACCCUUCUGGGUUUAUAAAUUACAGAGACAGCAAACUGACUCGAAUUCUGCGGAACUCCCUUGGAGGCAAUGCUAAGCCAGUUAUUAUUUGCACAAUUACUCCUCUUUCUUUUGAUGAGACACUCAGUACUCUUCAGUUUGCCAAUACAGCCAAAAGAAUGAAGAACAAUCCAAAAGUCAAUGAGGUACUGGAUGAUGGUGUCCUUCUGAAGAGAUAGCACAAGGAAAUUCUGGAUUUGAGGCAGCUGGAGGAAGUGUCUUUGAAGACUCAGAUUCAUGCAAUGGAAAAAGACCAACUGGCCCAGCUGCUGGAAGAAAAAAAUUCCCUCCAAAAGGUGCAGGAAGAUAGGAUAAGAAAAUUAACUGAGAUGCUGGUGACCUCUGCUUCCUUUUCUUCAAAACAAAAUGCUGAAGUAACUAUGCUAGAGAAUUCUGAACACGACAAUCAAUUUCUGAUGACUACUGAUCAAAUUUCAGAGGUGAAAUGGACUGCUGGACCUAACAGGAAUUUGACUCAGAAAGACUUUGAAGAAUCUGUGCAGCUCUGUGAAGCAUUAGCACUGGAAAAGGAUAUUGCUGUAAAUGAGGUCAAUGCCCUGCAAGCAAACUUUAAUAGCCUAGUAUUGGAAAAUGAGCAGUUGAAAUUAGAAAUAAAUGAAAUGGAGGAGAAACUGAAAGAAAAAGUAGAAAUCGAUGAAUUUGAAGCGCUGGAAAAACAAACACAAAAAGAUUAUGAGAUAGAACUAAUGCAUGAAAUUACCAGCUUAAAGAAUCUAGUUUCAAAUGCUGAAGUGUACAAGGAAAAACUUGAGACAGAGAGAAACUCCAAAUUGGAGCAGCUGAAAGAAAAAGAGAACACAAUAAAGAUGCUACAGAAUCGUGUGGCAGAGUUGCAGAAAGCAGGAGCAGAAAAGAGACACAUCUUCUUCAGUGUUAAAUUAGAAGGAGAUUCUAAAAAGCUCAUUGAGGAAAUUUAGCAGCUGAGUAAAUCCCUCAUAGACACUGAAGCCAUAGCCUUGGAUGCCAAAAAAGAGUCUGCUUUUCUCAGAAGUGAAAAUUUGGAGCUGAAGGAAAAGAUGAACGAAGUCUUAAAUGAUUACAACCAAAUACAAAAGGAUGUUCAACUCUAUCAAAGACAAAUAGAAGCAGGAAAAGCCAGCUACAAAAAAAUGCAAGCUUACUUGCAGAAAGAGUUGCAGUCUGUGUUUCAAGAAAUCAUAAGGCUGACUUCACUGAUGGAGGGUAAAGUUCCCAAAGAUCUGCUUUUUAUUGGUGAGGUGGAAAAAAAGGCAGCUGACUUAAAAGAACUAGAAGAAGCACUGAAAGAGAAUGCACUUCUACAAACGAAUGAGCUAUCAGAAUUUCAGAAUCUGUCAAAUACUGUUGAGAUGCAGCAGAAAGAGGUAAAAAAAAAAAAAAAAAACAAACCCACACCUCUUUUCCUUAUUCCUACACUGUACUUGACUGGUGCGUUAGUGAACUGGACGAAUAACCAUACUAAUGCAUUGAAACAGGUCGUCCGUAAACUGGCAACCGGCUAUGCGGAUCGACGGGAUGCCACUCAACCCAUCGGAAUCUGGGCUCCCCUUAACAUUGUCUCCGACUCACAAUAUGCAGUCGGAGUCGCGAACCGCAUCGAGGAUGCUAUUAUCAAGCCGGUACAAAAUAAGCGGUUACUGGAACUCUUCUUUAUGCUAAAACGCCAGGCGAUAGUGGAAAUAGCUAAUCGCACCCUGAAGGCGUAUCUACAAAAACAAAAAGACAGCAAAAACAUGGACCCGCAGAUGCGGCAGAGCAAGGUGCUUUUUACAUUAAAUUUUCUUAGCCCAAGCCGUGAUUCGCAACAACCCCCUGUGCUGCUGCACUACUCAUCCCAGAAGAUCAACCGCAUGCCAGACGUUCAAAUUAAUUACAAGGAUCCAUCGACAGGUCAGUGGAUUCAACAGUUAACUGAGAUGUUGAAUAGUGUAUCAUGUGAAAAAGACCAGUUACUGGCUGAAAGAACUAGUCACUCUUCCCAACAUAAAGAACAAAUAUCAUCAAUAAAUCAAGAAAAAGAAGAGAUACAAAAGCUUUUCCAGGAUGCCAGGUCUGAGCAGGACCAGCUCAAGACAGAAUUGCAAAAAAAUUCUGAAAUGUGCCUGGAAACAAAUGCUAAACUGGAACAUGCUCUGGAACAACUGAAGCAGAGAAACCUGAAUGAUAUGUCCAUCCAGGUGAACCUACUGGACAAUGCUGAGCAGAUGGUUGAUGACAGCCUGAAGGAAAAAACCUUGAAAAUUAAGGAGCUGCUUGAGAAAUUCCCAAAUCUGGAGAAGAGGUAUGAAUGUCUUUCUACAGUUUCUCUUAAUCUGAAGUGUGAACUGGUCAGUCAGAAAGCACUGAUUGCUGCCAUCAAACAAGUAAGACUUCAAGCUGCAAAUGAGAAAAUAAACAGUCAUCUCCAGAGCUUAUUGAACAAACUGAAGUUUCUGUUCAGUCGUGUUUGCUCAAAGAGAAUGCAAUAUCAUACUGCUGUUAACAAGUAUAAAAUGGAAUUGUUUGAGGAGAAGAAACAAGAUCAGCUACGAGCUCAGAUUCAGUGUCUCGGGAAGAAUAAUUUGAACCAGAAUGAAAUAUCUUCUCAAGAGUUAAACAGGAGUGAAGCUCUGCACAGUUUGCACUUGGAUGCAGAGAGCAUUCUCAAUGAUGUAUCUGAAAUGGAAAGUGAGCUUCUCAGCAUUGAAGCAGAGUUGCAACAAGAAGACUGUGCUCCACCACGUCGCUGCGCACCUAGCCCGCCAAGCCUUCUAUGUGGUCCCAGAGCCUACUCCAGUCCCCUCAUUUACUGCCAUCAAGCAAGGGAUGAAUGA